AUUGUCGUCAGGGUGACAAGGUCAAACAAUUCGGGAAAGGUCAACCAAAAUUUAGAAGACGUGUUUUUAUUUUUUGUAAUAUUUGCACGAUUUAUCAAAAUGUAUGAAGAUAACAAUUCGGAGAUGGGGCCUAAGGGUACCUUUGAAACAUAUAGAGCAGAAGGAGAUACAUUGUUCAAACAAGGAGAAUACAAUAAAGCCAUAGAAAGCUAUUCAACUGCAUUGGAGAUAGAAUCUACUGACAAGAAUUGUCUUGUCGCGAGGUCGAAAUGUUAUCUUCAACUCGGUGAUACAGAACGUGCUCUACAUGAUGCUGAAUCAGCCUUGGCAGAAGAUAAAGAAUUUCACAAGGGGUUGUUUCAAAAAGCAGAAGCCCUCUACAGCAUGGGGAACUUUGAGUUGUCCCUUGUUUUCUACCAUAGAGGGCACAAACUCAGACCAGAACUCCAAGAGUUUAGGCUAGGCAUCCAGAAAGCCCAAGAGGCAAUUGUUAACUCAGUGGGAAGUCCUGCAGUAAAACUCACCAAAGAGGGUGACCUUUCAUUCUUUAAUCAACAAGAAGAGGGAAAGGGACCAAAGAAACGUCCUAUGUAUGGCAGACCAUCUACCAAGCAAAAGGCCAAGGGAAGGCAACCUCCCCCUAAGACAUCUGGUGAUGAGAAGACUGUUAAACAGCUUCUUGGAGAACUCUAUGGUGACAAAGCUUACCUUGAAAAACUUCUUAAGGAAACUGACCCCUCCACAACCUCAGGUAACACCAUCUAUGACUUGGUUUGCGAGGGACUGAAGUAUCUGGAUACCAGAACAGAAUUCUGGAGGCAACAGAAGCCCAUGUAUGCGCGCAAGUUAGAGAAGCAAGACAUUGAGAGGCAGCGCAAGAUUGCCUCACAGGGUGGCACUCCACAGGCCUAUUUUGUCAAAGAAUUGGAAAAGAUCAACAAAAUGCGUGACAAGGGGAAGCAUGAGGAAUGUCUGAGAAUGGCCAAACAGUGUAUGGCAACACUCAAAGCCAUCACAGAAAAGAUCGCCAAAGAGGAAAAAGACUCCGGCAACAGGAAAAAUAGAGAGGAAGAUGCAUUGCCUAAUAAAAAUGAUAUCUUGUCUAACCUCUAUAGCUUCAUAGGGAAUGCUUUCCUAGAACUUGGAAAGUUUGAAAAAGCUCUAACAAACCAUAAAAAAGACUUGGAAGUAGCAAAAAAGAAUAACCUUUUGGAAGCGCAAUCUAGGGCACUGGACAACAUUGGCAGAGUACAUGCAAGGUUGGGCAAAUACGAGAAGGCAGUGGAAACUUGGGAACAAAAACUUGCUUUGGACACUGAGAAAUCCCUACCUGAACUGACCUGGCUUUAUCAUGAGAUUGGACGGUGCAAUUUUGAACUUAGCAAGCUAGAGGAUGCCAUGAACUAUGCAGAGAAAGCAAUGGCCACAGCUCGUGAAGCAAAGGAUGAAGUAUGGCAGCUAAAUACAACUAUACUUAUAGCACAGGUCCAAGUGAAACAGAAAGAACUAGAUGGUGCCCUCCAGUCAUUUGAAUUAGCCUUAGAUCUAGCUAAGGUACAAGGAGAUGACACAGCAGAACAAGCAAUAACAAGAGCCAUCCAGAACAUUAAUGAAGAGAUUGUUAGAGGAUUAAAGGAUGAUAAUGAGGGAUCAGCUAAUAACAAUAACAACACGUCGAAUGAAGCAGAGGGUAAUGAUGAAGUUGUAAAAGAUAAGGAAGAUGAACCUGCUGAAAAGGAAGAAGAACAACAACAGGAGGGGGGACAAGAAUCAGAAACUGAGAAAGAGGCUGAAGAUUAGAGACGUCAAUUUCAAACAUAUACAGUACUAGAUGAUAGGACAUCAAGCUGUGAAAACAGCAAAAUAUUUUGCAAUUUUUAUUUCAGGGGCAUUCAAAUAAGGAUUUAGAGCAUUACAAAUCAUUAUGGCUUAGCACCUAACCAUUAUGACCAUGCUAGUCUCCAUCUACUAGAUUUCCCAUGUCAGUUACUUUCUGGUGUGGGAAAUGCAAAAAUACAUUAGUUUACAUCAAUAGAAAGCCUAAAAUUAGAAAAGGCUAAUUGAAGUCUGCAGACAAGUCAUAUUAUACAUUCUGCGCAAGCAGAGAUCCCUGUUCUUUUGGAAUCGCCUCAAAAGUAGUUCACCAUUAACAGAUUAAUGGACACUUUAAUAAUUUCAACAAAUAUACUUAAUGGACUAGCAUAGUAUGUGUCUGUGUUCGGUGGAAAUAGACAAGGUUACUGGUAAUUGUUACAUUCUAGUCAUUAGAUCAAUCCUUUUCAGCUCCAAGAGUUGAGGAGGCUCAUAUUAAUAUUUCCCUAUCGAUAUCAAUUUUAAAAACACGUAUUCAGCUUUUCAGCGUUUGAUUAUAAAAAAAUAUUACUAAACAUUAUAUAUCAAAUAUGUAUCUAUAUAUAUUAUUUUUGAAUUGGAAUAAAUAAUUAAAACUGAG